AAUAGUAAAGGAAGAAAUUCCAAAAGGGCGGGACAAAGCAUAUAACCGUAAAAGUCUCAGUUAUAAGUGUCUGAAGAACAUUAACAUCCCAAAACGACGUCGUUGCAUGUGUACUAUCGAACACAGAGACCUUUGACAUCGUAAAACAAAUCAAUCAAAGAACCAAAAAAAAAAAAAUCAAAAACAAAAUGGUGCACAGUGCUUACGAUUCAUUCGAACUGCUCAACAAUUGUCCAACAAAAAUCGAUGCAAUCGAAUCGUACGGUUCAAAUUUACUCAUCUCCUGUUCCGAUGGAUCACUCCGUAUCUACGGUCCAGAAUCCUCCGUUUCAAAUCAAUCUCCACCGUCCGAUUUCCAUCCACAAACCCUAGGUCUUCAACAAGAACGAUAUGUCCUUGAAAGAAGUGUUAAUGGAUUUUCUAGAAAACAAAUGCUUGCAAUGGAAGUACUUGUUUCACGUGAACUUUUGCUUUCCUUUUCGGAAUCAAUUGCCUUUCAUCGGUUGCCUAAUUUGGAAACUUUAGCUGUCAUUACUAAAGCUAAAGGUGCUAAUGUGUAUUCAUGGGAUGAUAAAAGAGGGUUUUUGUGUUUUGGUAGGGGAAAGAGAGUUUGUAUCUUCAGACAUGAUGGGGGGAGGGGAUUUGUGGAGGUGAAAGAAUUUGGAGUCCCUGAUACAGUCAAGUCGAUGUCUUGGUGUGGUGAGAAUAUAUGUUUGGGGAUUAGAAGAGAGUACAUGAUAUUGAAUACCACCAAUGGUGCAUUGUCUGAGGUGUUUCCUUCAGGGAGGAUCGCUGCACCUCUUGUGGUAUCUCUUCCUUCUGGAGAACUUCUUUUGGGUAAGGAUAAUAUUGGUGUCUUAGUUGACCAAAAUGGAAAGUUGAUCCAAGACGGGAGGGUUUGUUGGUCUGAGGCUCCUGCAGUUGUUGUUAUUCAGAAGCCCUAUGCAGUAGGUCUCUUACCGCGACAUGUUGAGAUACGUUCUCUUCGUGUUCCUUAUCCUUUGAUUCAAACAGUUGUCCUUCGGAAUGUUCGUCGUCUUGUUCAAAGCAACAAUGCUGUUAUUGUUGCUCUUGAUUAUUCUGUUUUUGGAUUUUUUCCUGUUCCUCUUGGUGCACAGAUUGUGCAACUAACAGCAUCUGGAAACUUUGAUGAGGCCUUGGCUUUGUGCAAAAUGCUACCACCAGAAGAUUCAAGUCUUAGAUCUGCAAAGGAGCAAUCAAUUCAUAUAAGGAAACUCUCUUGGCCCGAUUUUAUAGUCAGUAUCCUUUUUUCCUGGAAAGGUUAAAAUAUGAACAACACUCAAGGGUGUCGCCUAGUGGUCAAUGAAAUGGAAAAGCCCUGGGGGAC